CCUCUUCCUACUUGUCCUGAAGCAGCGGGCUGAAGGUGAAGGCGCGUCCGUCUCUCUCACCACCUACCCGUCCUUGGAAGCACCGUCUCCUCGUCCUCCUCCUCCCGCUGCUGCACCGCGAUCUUCUUGCCUCGCCAUGUCCGUCUUCGGCGAUGUCCCGCAGGCUCCACCGGUCGCCGUCUUCAAACUGACCGCCGACUUCAGGGAGGACAGCGACCCGCAGAAGGUCAACCUGGGAGUCGGCGCGUACCGUACCGACGAGUGCCAGCCCUGGGUGCUGCCGGUGGUGAAGAAGGUGGAGCGGCUGAUCGUGGAGGACGGCAGCCUGAACCACGAGUACCUGCCCAUCCUCGGCCUGCCCGAGUUCCGCUCGGCCGCCUCCAAGGUGGCGCUGGGCGAGGACAGCCCGGCCAUCAAGGAGAGCAGGGUCGGCGGCGUCCAGUGUCUGGGCGGCACCGGUGCGUUGAGGAUCGGCGCGGAGUUCCUGCGGCGCUGGUACAACGGCACCAACAACACAGCCACGCCCGUCUACGUGUCGGCGCCCACCUGGGAGAACCACAACAGCGUGUUUGCCGACGCCGGCUUCAAGGACAUCCGGCCGUACCACUACUGGGACGCUGCCAACAGGGGACUGGACAUCACCGGGCUCCUGGACGACCUGGAGAAAGCCCCUGAACGCUCCGUCUUCGUCCUGCACGCCUGCGCACACAACCCCACCGGCACCGACCCGACUCAGGACCAGUGGAAGCAGAUCGCAGAGAUCAUGAAGAGGAGGAAUCUGUUUGUUUUCUUUGACUCAGCCUAUCAGGGCUUCGCCUCCGGCAGUCUGGACAAAGACGCCUGGUCCAUCCGCUACUUCGUCUCCGAGGGCUUCGAGCUGUUCGUCGCUCAGUCCUUCUCCAAGAACUUCGGCCUGUACAACGAGAGGGUGGGGAACCUGACGGUGGUUUCCCAGGACGGCGAGAGUCUGUCCCGCGUCCUGUCCCAGAUGGAGAAGAUCGUCCGGACGACCUGGUCCAACCCGCCGUCCCAGGGGGCGCGCAUCGUCAGCAAGACCCUCAACUGCCCUGAGCUCUUCGCCGAAUGGAAGGGGAACGUGAAGACCAUGGCCGAGCGGGUUCUGCUGAUGAGGGAUCAGCUGAAGGCAAAGCUGCAGGCACUGGGGACUCCGGGCACCUGGGACCACAUCACCCAACAGAUCGGCAUGUUCAGCUUCACCGGCCUGAACCCCAAACAGGUGGAGUACAUGAUCAAGGAGCGCCACGUGUACUUGAUGGCGAGCGGCCGCAUCAACAUGUGCGGCCUGACGAGCAAGAACAUCGACCACGUGGCCCAGUCCAUCCACGAGGCCGUCACCAAGGUCCAGUAAGGGCAGGGCCCGCCCACUUCCUGCCUUCCUGCCCUCCUGAACGCCACAGGAAGUAUCAUCAUGUCUGUAACCGCACCCCCCUUUCUCCCCGCUUUACCUCUCCUCCUAUUGGAUGAAACUGCAGCAGGCUUAAUUGGCAGUUGAACCAAUGGGAGGACGGGACGUGUUUCUUCUCUCACACAUAAUUAUUAAUCCUUGGGAGGUGCAAUGACUUGAGGAAAACACUUGAACGGCCGCGUGUCGCUGUGUAGAAGAUGAAACAAGAAAUAUUCAAAUGUUCACUUGAGUUUUUUGUUAUGAAUUGAGAGCACAGACGGGUUACUGUUACUAAGUUAAGUCUUUUGAGUCAUUUCCAUUUUUCCAGCACAAACACUGAACGUCAGCUCCGAGUCAAUAAGAAAUAAGAAGAGAAAAUUGGUGUAAGAAUUUAACAAACGACUUGUCGUCUGUACGGUCGCUGUUGAGACCCGCUUUUAAAUUUUUAGACUUUGCGAAGACAAACGAUUGACACGAUGCCUCGUCGCGAUAACUAGGUUUUUGUUGCACGACUAUAUUGUCCCAGAAAAUGGUCGCGAUAAAUAAUAUUAUCGUAAUUUUUGGGAUACUGAACCACGUGAGCCCGCUGUCGUCGUCGUCAUCGCCUCCAUCGUCGUCGUGUGACCUGGUUUGUGCGCGUGCCUGAUGUUUUGUUGUGUUGUUCUUUGCCUUGUCAGAGCUCUGUGCAGUUGUGUAGAAGAUGAAAAAUGUUAGUUAAAAAAGUUCACAAAGCCGAAAACACAAUCCGUCUGUCGUUUUUUCUCCCUCGCUGUAUAACAGACGAGGCUCUGUACAUGUCGGUCGCAGUGAUGCUCAGACCUCAGAGGCCUGACACACACACACACACACACACACACACACACACACACCUACCUGUUAUGUGUGUGUUCAUGCUGAAAUAAAUCACCACAGGAACCAAACAAA